AUGAGGAAGGAGUUGAAGGCUCUACAGGAUAAGAUAGACAUCAUCAUUGCGGAUAAAACCACCCAAGAGCAGCUGCACUUUGUUGGGAUUGAAUUGAGUAACCACAAGAAAGAGGUAGAUGAAAUUGAAAGAUUGGUGUUUGGAACUGAGAUUGAACAGGUUCAACAUCUGAUUGUAGCAACAGCUGAAGCAAAGAUUGUUGAGGAAGCUGACAAAAUGGUUGAAGUAAAGAUUUUGAAGGGAGAUGCACCCAUGGCUGAGAAACCAGUUGCGAAGAGAUCUAACCAGAAGCUGAAAGAGGUCAAGCUGGAGGACACCACUGAGGUUGAGCAGUUACCCUAUGACAAGCUCCCAUUUCCACAAAGGGUCCUCACCAAAGCUCAGAAGAAGGUGAUUUCCAAGUUGAGAAAAGACCUAAGUGAUAUUGGAAUUAAGCUUCCAGCGAUUUCGGGUAUGCGUGAGGCUCAUGUCCAAAUGAUGCUCAUCAAGGACAUUGUAGACCACCAAGCAGAAGUAGCAGAGCUUCUCAACAUUUCAACUUUGAAACUUGAUCCACCAGUCACACCAAAGUCUCUCCCUAAACUAGAAUCCCAAGGGAAGUUCACCUUGUCUUGCUCUCUUGGUAAGCUCACCUUUGAUGAUGCUCUUAUUGGAUCUUGCACCAUCCCUAUAGACCUCACUGUCUUGAAGAUGGCAACUGAGAAGAGAGUUCCAUUGAUCCUGGGCACACCAUUCCUUACUACUGUGGGUGCUUGCAUCGAUUUCGCCAACAAGAAGGUCACACUCCUCAAUGUCAACAAAGCUGUCUCUUACCCAAUUCAGUCUCCACUGGAUGUUGAGUAUUGUGGAACCAUCACUUGUGGAGACCCCUACAUUGAGAAAGAUCCUCCUUCUCCACUUUCCACUUGA